UUCUCCCCCGCUCCUAUUCGGAAACUAAAAAAAAGCACUAAAACAAAAAUGAGUUGUGGUUCUCCUAGUAGUUUCUCAUUUUCAGAAGUUAAGAGUCAGAGUGGCUUUUAUCCGCUGGCUCACGGUUAUUCGCGUCCGACUAGUAGUUAUGUUGGUGAAUAUACUAGUUUGGGCACCAACAAAGAUAACUACUAUACCUUAAAUAUGGUAGAGCAAGAACAGCACGCUGUUGACAAAUUAAUUAGUAGUGUGAAGCAAAGAGACCCCCAACAGGAAAAAUACGUGCUUCGCUUUGUUCACGAAUGA